ACAACCACCACUGCCGCCGUUCUACUGCUGUACUCCCGCUGCCUGCUGUAUCCCAUUGUCAAAGGAUUGCUUCCGCUAGGCCCAAAGCCGGAUCCACCGCGGAAUGUGACGGUCAGGAGGGUACAAGAUGAGUACCUAAUCAGCUGGAUACCACCCACCGACAAUUCAGUUCCUCCAGCCUACUAUGGCAUCGAAUAUCGAACGGAUGGGACAUGGAAGAAGCUCAAUGAUGAACACAUUAUAGAUGCAACAUCAUACACAAUGAAGAAACUAAAAUCUGGAAAGAAAUACUACUUUCGGGUGUUUGCCAACACCCUCACAUCCUUUGCUUACUCAGAAGAAACAAUGUUUGUUGUUCCUGUUCAAAAUAAGGAAAAGGCUAUAACUGCAGCUAUAGUUGGUGGUAUUUUGUUCUUCAUUGUUGCCAUCAUCCUCUCAGUCUGCACAGUCAAGAUCUGCAACAAGAGGAAGAGGAGGAAGCAGGAAAAAGCCUAUAACAUGGUUGACUGUCGGGUCACCGAGUCCAGAAAUGGCGGUCAUGGGUCCAGUCCUGUGCCUUUGAAAAAGUUACUACGGUGCGGAAUACCAUGUUUAAGGUGGGAGUGGGCUUGGGUGGCAGGUGUGCUGCUUGGGGGCCGCUUACUAGACUCCACGGACAGCAGGCCUCUUGACUCCAGUCCUGCACCUCAAGACAUCAGUAGUGGGGGGCAAGACACAGCAGCAGGUUCCUCAGGUGAUGAUUACAGAGACUACGGUGUGCAUCGGGGAAGACCAUUCCCCCGAGAUGUGUACUACAGUGUAAAGCUCGAGUACACUCAGCCACUCAGUAAGAUAUCCCGCACCACUGAUGGGCGCUUUGUAUUAGAUCAGGAUAGUGAGGAGGGGGGGUUUACCUCUCCAAGGCGACCAGUACGUAGUGUGUCAGGAAAACAGACUAGUGAAGAACAAGAUCAAAUUGGCCCCAGGUGGGUUGGAGAUGUGGGUGUGGAAAGUGGUGUGUAUCAUGUGCGUGCAGGAACAACUAGUCGUCUUCACCACCGUCAGCCCCUUCCUCCGCGUCUUAGCCUUCGAUCUGAUGGUUCUGGUGCCAGUACACAUGAGGAACCACGUGUAGUAAGCACUCAAGCAUUUCGGUCUAGUGGAAGAUUGGAAGCACCAACAACCUCUGUAUCUCUUGCAUCACCAGAAUUUGGUAAACAUGUCAUUCCUGAAAGUCCAGGAGAUACUGUGUGGUCUCCACGAUCAAGACGUUUCAGAGCAUCUUCCCCAGGUCCACUAAGCUCAGAGUGGAGCCAGUUAGCACAGUUAGCUUCAUUCAGUGAGGUGAGCAGUGUGCAACAACCAUCCAGUGUGGAACGAUCAUUUCCUUCAACUGUUCUUUCCUCUUUCCCUGAUUCAGCACAAGGAACACCAUCUGCACAUGGUGUUUCAUCAGCCAUAUCUCCUCCCAAUGAGGAAGAUGCUCUUCGGGUACUUCACCAGCGAUAUGCCCGACAGCUGCCACCUCUUUCUACCUCCCAGUUACACUCGGGACGACUUCUAGUGGGAGCACAAGUUCACUCCCCUCCAUCACACCUUCACCCACAGCUACAGGCUUGGGCAGCACCACCACAUACUCCAGCCUGGACCACUCCUCGACGUCCCACUCGAGUGUGGCCCACAACCCGCCCAGUGAGUCAUCCUACACAUCCACCUGGCCGACCAGAGCUGACAGUGUUGGAGUCUGGCCAGCAUGUGCACUCACCUCCUCUGGUAAGAGCUGGCCAAGUGGUGCGGGAGGCACUAGGUCAUAUCCAGCCUCCACGCAUACCAGACAUACCACGCCACUAUGUAAACCUUCCUCCGAGACGCGACGCUUAUCAACGAAUACCGGGGCGGGACCCCCCCUAUUUGCUCAAACCUUCCUCCUCGGAGAAUCAAAAGCCGCUGGCCACAAGCUCGCCCCCCCGCCCGCGUGCAAUUCAGGGCCGGCAUCGGGCCCAGGGGUUACCCAGGCCACGACCGCUGCCUCCCCCACCCCCUACCAGUACAAAGACCAGAGUACCUGACCCCUUGCCCAGAGCAGUGGGCAGGACACGAGAUAGUGACUCCAGUAGUGAUCAGCCGGUAACAUACACCCGUGAACGGUUGCAGGAGACCAUUGGGCGGGUACGUAGUGGCCUCUUCGGACCUGCACCACGCACCAACAGUGCCCCAGAGCUAAGUUCUGCAGGACGUUCUGAAAUUAGACAUACCUCUGGCCGUCGUUCUAGCAGGCCUUUAGGCAUUGCACCUGAAAGCCAUGAACAGUCACAUGAGCAGUCUCAGGAGCAGUCUCCAGACUCAUCUAGUGGAUUUGGUAGUAAAAAUACAUCCCAGCAGCAAAGCUCAUCACAGUCAGGACAGUCAUUGUCAGCAUUAGGGCUUGAUUCAUCUCGUCUAGAGGCUUCAGAGGUUACCGAGACAGCAGAAGCUACUGAUAUAUCACCACAAGCCCCACCUUCAUGGCUCUUGGCAGCUCCUCGAAGUCGUCCUGCACCACUGGUUCGACCACGACAACCACCACCAUAUGAGGAGUGGGCUGCACGACAGGUCUUGCCUCAGUUCCGAAUGCCUGCUAUAAUAGGACCUCGGCUGUCAAGCAUAAAAACAGGUAUGAUAGGAAGACGACAGAGAUUAGGGUCUUCCGGUUUAGAUGCCAGUGUAGACUCAGGCACCUCAGUCCGAGUUUCUCCACGCCCUCCACCAAUUACCAUACCUGUUUCUCCACAGCAGCCACUAGAUGUUAGUGUGGAUGACCAUUAUGAGUUUGAUACGGUGCUUAGUCCAACACCUGGGGAGGAUGCCGCAGCAGAGUGGUCAAGGACCCGUAUUCCAUCAGGCGAGCGUGGCCUCAGCGACUCUGAGAUCUACGGGUCAGGUGGGCGGCGGCGCCAUGAGUCAAUGGAGGCACGGGUUGCUGCCAUGAAGCAGGAGUUUAAUGAAUAUAGAAGAAAACAAGCACGUCGCCGACGCAGCCGUGAGCUUGAGAGUGUGUGCUAGCAGGAACUGAAAAUUGGAGAUACAGUAGUGUGUAUGUAUGUAUAUGUGUAUAUGUGUAUGUAUAUAUUUGUAUGUACGUAUAUAUAUAUAUAUAUGAUAUAUAUAUAUAUAUACAUACAUACAUAUAUUUACAUACAUAUAUAUAUAUAUACAUAUAUACAUACAUACAUACAUACAUACAUACAUAUAUAUGUGUGUGUGUUUAUGUAUAUGAAUUAGUGACCUGAAAUAUUUAUCUCCAUAAUAGUGAGAUUAUGUGUUUUUUGUGAAGUUCAGUGAUGAGUCUUUCAAACGUGGAGGGACGGGCAAGGCAGGCCAGGCGCCGCCGCCACAACCAGUAAUACUCACUCUAGUGACGCUGCAAUUGCUGCGUCUUGAGAACUGUGCAAAUUGUUGAAUUUUAUAUAUUCCUAUUGGAUCUCUGUUUCGAAAAUUCUCUUAACUUUGUAUUGUAGUUAGAGAAGCCCUUUCAUGUGAUAACUACAAUGCCCACAUGACACGUUCAAGCAAAGUAUGAAGCACAAUUUCCCUGUCUCCACUGUAUCAUCUUCACUCUUGGGAACAUCCAGGCUCUCAACAUCUUAUCAUUUUAUAGGUCUUGCAAUUGAAUUUUAAUCAAACAGUUUUCCUUCCUUUAUAUAUUUAUAUACUCUUUGGUUUGUUAAUAUUCAGAUAAAAGUAUGUGUGCAUGUAAGCGUAUUCAUAUUGUGUGUGUGUGUGAGAGUAUGUGUGUGUGUGUUUACUCUCUCUUCCUUUUCCUCACUGUACUCCCUGCUCUUAACUACCUCCCAUCUUCCCAUUUUCCCAUUCUCCCUCUCUAUCUCUUUCCUUCCCAUUAUCUUGAAAUGCUGAGACUUAAUCUGUUUAUCUUAAAUUUUCCACGUCACUUUCUUUGUUUGAAAUUGAUUAUUUCAUUUAAUUCUAAAUGCUUUAUACCUGAUGUCUAUGUUUCAAAUGUACAUAAUUGUAAAGUUUCAAUUUUAUGACUCACUAAGUAUAAUUCAGAUGCCUCACUUUUUCUCUUUAUCAAUUCUUAUUUCAGAUUAUGCUGAGUGAACUUUUCAUAUGUUUGAUACUUGUAUUUAAUAUUACAUUGUUUUAUGUAAUGCCCGGUUUUCUGUAGUUUAUGAAACUUUGCCAUGUAUAUUAAUUUGGAAGACUUAAUUGAGUUACAAAGCGUAGGUGGCAUUAUUAUUACAAUUGAUGUCUUUCAUCUGAAGGUAUUAUUAGAGAUCGUGUGAUCAAAUCCAUAUGGCAAUUUUAUUUUCAUGCAUUUAUACUUUUCCUUAUAUUUAUUUAUAUCUCUGUCUCACUUAAUUUCUAGAGUACACUUAUGGUAUAAAUUCAAUUUAUAUUUAAAUUUUCUGUUUUAUGCACUGAAUGUACCUUUGAAACUAAUCUUAAAUUUAAGAAGUAACUGCAGCUACAUUAUCCAGGAAUGCUAUAUAAAAUAAUACUUAAAAGUAAUCCAAAAAUCAAGGUAAAAUAAUGCAUCUUCUAAUUAUCUAAAACAAUAUAUUUAUCACAAUGAAUUCUAUUUUUUGCUAAGUCAUGAGUGUUACUGUUUUAUCUCUUCCUUCUUGAAAAUUCCAUGAUUUAUAAGAGAAAUUAUGAUUUCAAACUUAUAUACCCCGGUGGUUUGACUACUCAUCACAGCAGAAGUCAUAACAGGUCUUAUUAUUCCAAGGUCAGGAUUUGUUCCUCAUAGUGAAGUUGAAGUCAGUGCCAGUUCAGUUCAGAAAUAUGGAGGAAAUAACCUGCCCUGAAAGAGUAUUCUUUCUCUCUCUCUCUCUCUCUCUCUCUCUCUCUCUCUCUCUCUCUCUC